AUGAUCUGUAGCAGAGGGUAUCCAAGGCUGGUAAGAGACAAAAAUGUAGCCUUUGUAAGGUUGAAGGACACAAAAGAAGAGCUUGUCCUGCCGGUGGAAGACCUCCUAAAAUCAAAUCCAGGAGAAAAACAAAACAGACAAGACCAUGAUGAGGUGGAAGUCACACCUAUGGAUUUUGAUGCUUCUAGUAAUGAAGAUGCAGUCAGUGGUGUUGAUGCUUACAAUGUUAAUGUUAAUAAGGUGAAAAAUGAAGUGAUGGAAGGAGAAAUUAGACCCCUUUUGAAUAAAAUCAGAAAGAAAAAGUCUGAAAGGAUUAUCAAGUUGAAGAUGGCCAAAAGAGUUGGUGAUGAAGAUGCACCUGGGAAUUCUAAAUCAAAAGCUCUUGCCAUAGAUUAA